AUGCCGCUGCUGCGUGUUGGCGUGGAUGCUGGAGGCACCAAUACCGAUGCCGUGCUGCUCGACGAAGGCAACGUUGUGCUGGGGUGGUGCAAGGAGCCCACCAGCCCAGAUGUCCUGCAGGGGAUCGUGGGAGCCGUGACGGGGGCGCUGCAGCGCGCCGGGCAAGAGCCUGGUGCGGUGGGUGCGGUCAUGCUCGGAACUACGCAGUUCGUCAACGCCUGCAUCCAGCUCAAGGGCCUGGCCCACGUUGCGGUUGUGCGCCUGUGUGGCCCCGCCACGCACUCGCUGCCGCCCUUCUGCGACAUGCCACCAAGACUGCGGCAGGCAGUGGGUGGCUGCUACUUCCUGGCUUCAGGCGGCUACGAGUUUGAUGGCAGCAGCGAGAUUGCUCCCCUGGAUGAGCAGCAGCUGCGCAGGAUCGCUCGCCGAAUCCUGGCCGCCGGCAUCCGCUGCGCGGUGGUGUCUGGCGUCUUCUCUCCUGUCCAGGCGGCGCAGGAGCAGCGUGCGGCGGUCAUCCUGGCAGAUGAGGCGGCGGCAGCGGACGCAGAGGCAGACGCGCUAGGGGGGGCCAUCGAGCAGCGGCAGCAGCAGCAGCAGGAAUGUGAAGGGCAGGGGCAGGGGCAGGGGCCGCUGCUGGUGUGCCAGAGCCACGAGGUGGGGCGGCUGGGGCUCCUGGAGCGGGAGAAUGCGGCGGUGCUGAACGCAGCCCUGCAGCCGCUUGCGCGCCGCGUGGUGCCCGCCUGCGUCGCAGCGCUGGCUGCCGCAGGCAUCCAAGCGCCGCUCUUCUUCACAGCAAACGACGGGACCCUGCUGUCGGCGCAGGAUGCACUGAAGGUGCCGGUAGCCACCUUCCAGUCCGGCCCAGUCAACAGCCUGCGCGGCGCGGCGCUGCUGACGGGGAUCGCAGACGGCGCUGUGAUAGACGUGGGCGGCACCACCACCGACGUGGGGCUGCUGGUUGGCGGCCUGCCGCGGCCCGCGCCCCGAGCCGUCCGCCUCGCCGGCGCUGCCACCAACUUCCAGAUGCCAGACGUGCUCAGCAUCGGCCUCGGCGGCGGCUCGCUGGUGCGCUUCCCCCAGCCUGGCGGCCGCCGCGCUGAGGCAGCCCCAGCCGGCAGCGCGCCAUCAGAGAUGGCACCAGAGGCGGCAGCCUGCACUGUGGGCCCUGACAGCGUGGGAGCUGGCCUGCCACGGGAGGCGCUGUGCGUGGGGGGCGGCACAUGUACCGCCUCCGAUGUGGCAGUACUGCUGGGCAGGAUGGAGCUGGGCAGCCGCGAGGCAGCUGCCGCAGGGCUGUCAGAAGAACAGGCGGAGGCGGCGUGGGCGGAGAUGCAGCGGGCGCUCGAAGACUGCCUUGAUGCCGUGAAGACCGAGGCAGAUGGGGGAAGCUGCGACGUGCCCGUGGUGGUGGUUGGCGGCGGCGCCCCGCUGUGCGGCGCCAGCCUGCGUGGCGCCUCGGCAGUGGUGCGGCCGCGCCACACUGCUGUGGCCAACGCAGUGGGGGCCGCCAUAGCCCAGGUCAGCGGCUCAGUGGAUGCCGUGUACGACAUGGGCGGUACCGCAGCCAGCAGGACAGCGGUACUGCAGCAGGCGCAGCGCCUGGCGGAGCGGCGGGCAGCGGCGGCGGGCGCCGUGCCGGGGUCGUGCAGGGUGGCGGUACGGGAGGAUGUGCCCCUGGCCUACCUUCCCGGCAGCUUCAGCAGGGUGAGGGUGGAAGUCAUCGGUGACCUAGACCUUUCCAGCCUGGACCGCUCUGCAGCCACCCCUGAGGCGGCUGCUGGCGGCGGCGCCAGCGACAGCCGUGCGCCCACGGAAGGCCCGGCGCCAGGCUGGGCGGCAGGACGAGGGGCGGCAGGACGAGGAGCGGCAGCGGCAGCAGACCGGGAGGUGGCAGAGCAGCGGCCCGCAGCGGCCGCCUCCGGGGGCAUCAGCACCGCCGCCGCCAGCUCUGCCAGCAGCGCCAGUGAGGUUGCAGGCUGGCCGCCGCUGGCUGGCAGGGGCGAGGACCCGAUGCCGGCUCAGCUGGCCGGGUGGCAGCCGCGCGUGAACCAGCAGGGGGAGUGGAUCCUUCGCAGCGAGGACCUGCACCUCAUCGCCACCGGCUGCGGCAUCCUGGGCUGCGGAGGGGGCGGCAGCCCCAGCAAGGCGAUGCUCAAGGCUCUGAUGCAGCUGCAGAGGGCUGGCGUGGGCAGCAUGCGAGUCAUCUCUCCUGCAGCCGUGCCUGACGAGCGGCUGGUAGUGGAUGCCGGCUACAUGGGCGCCCCCACGGUGGGCAACGAGAAGCUGGAUGCCGACCAGGCGGAAGCUGCGGUACAGGCGGUACUGGAAGCAUACCGCAGCAGCGCCGCGCCCGCUGCCGAGCGCCGCGCCGAGCCGCCGCAUAUGGGCGGCGAGGGCAGCAGCGAGGGUGCUAGCACCCAGCCGGCACUCGACACCGCCGCUCCCGCAGCGGCAGCCCAGCCAGCUCAGCGCCAGCUGGCGGCGCUGAUGGCGGGAGAGGUUGGCGGCGGCAAUGGCAUAGAGCCUCUCGUGGUGGGCAGCCGCCUGGGGCUGCCUGUGGUGGAUGGGGACCUCAUGGGGCGAGCCUUCCCUGAGCUGCAGAUGAUGACGAGCGCCAUCUACGGCCUGCCGGUGUUGCCGGCGGCGGUGGCGGACGAGAAGGGCAACUGCCUGGCAGUGCAGCGCGCCGCCAGCCCCGCCUGGCUGGAGCGCCUGCUGCGCCCGGUGUGCACAGAGAUGGGCCUGGCAUUGCGGCUGGGCUCGGCGGUGGCGGCAGCGCAGCAUGCCAAGCAGGACGCUCCCGCCGCCAUCGCCGCGGCAGGCGGUGGGCGCGUGCUGUUCACAGGGAAAGUGGUGGAUGUGCAGCGGCAGACGACGCAGGGCUUCGCCCGCGGCCGGCUGCUGCUGGAGGGCAGCGGCGCCUUUGCUGGGCGCACCCUGACCGUCGACUUCCAGAAUGAAAACCUGCUGGCGGUGGAGGGGCCCGGGGAGCGGCUGCUGGCCUCUGUGCCCGACCUCAUCUGCUGCGUGGAGGCGGAGAAUGGGCUGCCCAUCGCCACAGAGGAGCAGCGGUAUGGGCUGCGUGUGGCGGUGGUGGGCCUGCCGGCGCACCCGCUGCUGACCUCGCCCGCGGCGCUAGCCGUGGUGGGCCCCGCGGCAUUCGGGCACAGCAAUGUGGAGCACGUGCCCCUGGCGCAGUAUGCGGCUGUGGAAGGGAUACCGGGUGGCGUCACCGCCUGA